ACGCGUCUCCUUGUUUUUGGCUACGCGUUCGUCCGAUUGAAUCUUCCUCGCCUCCUUCCCCUUCCCCAAGUAAAGACCCCUACGGAAAGGGCAAGUUCAUACCUUCAACCGACGCACGAUGAUCAGCGCUGCUACUCCGGAACCGCUCCAGGAGGGCAGCAGCCCCUUUGCGGGAGCCAAAAGCCUCGGGUCAAUUACGGAGGCCAUGCCGCUGUUGGCCCCAUCGGCCGAGGAGCUGUUGCCCUCAAAAGAUGUCGCUGCUGGGACCGAAGCUGAUUCGCCCGAGGAUAUGCAACUUACCCAAGUUCCGGGCGAUACCGCUUCCGGCCCUCUUUCGCUGUUGAGAGAGGAACAGCUUUUGCAGCUGCGUGACUUUCAGGAAACUCGGGAGCUACUAAAAGAUAUGCAGAGCAAGCGCAUGGGCCUGCAGUUUAUACGUGAGCAGCUUGCCGAAUCUUUGCAGAGCCGUGAACUGGAUGUAUUGAGAACCUUAGGAAAUAUCACCGGCGACGGGGAGGAGGAUGAUCUGCGCGACAUCCUGCAACAUCUACAGGAGAACAGGGAGCACAGCACUGAGCAAGUCCAGAAUAACUCAGGUCCUGCCUCCGCUCGAAGUCCUGGAAGUGUUUCGCCUACCGCCGGGUACCCCUUUACACCCCUGGGGACCAAUCGUGAGAGCAUCGAUGGGAGUGCAUCACGCCAGCCCAAGCGACAGGAGUACGCAUACACAAGGUUAGACUCCAAGCCCAGCUCCGUCCAAGCUGAAGAGCCCGACUCGAGAAGCGAAUCUAGUAACCAAGUCUUGGGAGAUUUCUCACCCUUCGAAAGAGAGCAAGCUGUCGAACAGCUUUCUCAGACUUCACCAGUGGAUGAUCUGUACCUGAAGUCCGAGUUUAGCUUCAUGGAGCAGCGCGAGGAGAUUCAAAAGCUACAGCAUCAUCUGCUGAUGCUUCAGGAGUAUAAGAAGCUCCUCGAGGCGCAAAGCCAAGCGGUUGCUCAGAACGCGGCCAGGGGUCCGACAGCAAUCUUCAAUUCUACAGCAGCCGCAUCUGAACGCACCAAAGCAAGUACAAACCCAUUCAAUGGCAUGUUUGGCGGGGAGACAGAAAGGCAGCAGCCACCUCGAAGGGCAGUUAACACGGAGGAUCUGAUCGGACGUCUCGUUGAUUGUUCAGUUCGCGAACGGUUGGAGCAGGCAUCCACGGAUGACAAGUUCAGGGAGUCGCUGCAACUAACGGUCCGGCCCGACGAACGCGGUCAGCAACAGCGAAACGCGUCGCAGAAUGUCUCCAUCGGAUAUCAACCCUCUGUUGUCCGCAAUACCGAUGGAAUGCGGGCGUUUGAAAACCAAAGCCGUGAAGAUGCCGACCACAUCGAACAUGGGAUGGAGGAUCUGCUUUCCCAGAUGGAAGUGAUCAAACGAGCUGCCGCAUUUGCUACCGGUGAGCAGAAGCAGCAGAUGAUUGCCCUUCUGGACCGUCUGCAGCAUCAGAUGAGUGAACUGCAGGCCGUGAAGGGCAAAGUCGACUUUCUGCGACAAGCUGUUGGGGAUCAGAUGCAAACUGGGGCUCUGCCCGCGAUGGAGUAUCCACGUAUUCAGGCAGGGGCAGCACCUGAAACCGCGAAGCCGCAAGAAACUCAUCAGCAGCCAGCAUUCGCUUCGCGCAGCCUGAGUCUUCCCGGCAUUGCGUCGAUCCAAACUCGCACCCGUCAACAAUUCAGAGAAAGCAUCACUUCGCGAAGCCCUCCCCGCAGCACGUCGCCUGCCGGAAGGCAGACCCAGCGUUUGGCAGAACGACCUCAGAAAAGCACCAAACGCUCCUACCCGACCGGAAGCACCGCACGUCCAGAACAUGAGACCGCAGCAUGGGUCGAGAGCGCCAAAGUGGAUGAGAUUGAUAUUCGCACGAUGAUUGAGAAGAGGGCUGAGCGGCAUUUGUCGAAGCGGCGUCAGAGCAAUACUAAGCGAAGCAGGAAUCUCGUGGACCGUGAUGCUAGCAGAUUGCAAGGGCUCUUUGAACAAUCCAAAGACAAGCUCUACGACUCUGCAGCUGACCUUAUCUCCAAACAAGGCACUGAGCCCUACUUCUUGCUCCAGCUGUUCAGAAACGCGGCGAAACUGAGCACCUCCUAUGCCCGUCAGAAGCUGCUGAUGUCACUGGAUGAAUUGGCCGAGCAAUGCAUUGAUAAUAAUGAAAAGGAUUCAGACAGCGUGGCGAGCGAAGUGGACGUCAAUGAUGGAGACGACGGGGUUUCAAGCGGGAGCGAGGCUUCGUCAAGGUGGCGUGACAGGACAUCGAACCGAGCUCCCAGUCUUGACUUUUCUCGCUCCGGUCCGCACACCGUCCUCUCGAGCUCGAAGGAACACCGAAGGAGAGACAGGUCAAUGGCCCCAUCUCCUUCACGCAAUGUCGGUCAACAAUCACCCGAGAAAGUGAACAUGGAAGGCUCUAUGCCGUCUUUGGAAUGGGAGCGUCAGAAUCCCGUUCCUGCAAUGAGCUGGCCGUCAGGAAAGAAUGGGUCAGAAGUAAAUGGUCUACACCAAUUGGAGGCCCUCAUUCAGGACAAGCUUGUUCGACAAAUAUCCCGUAUCCCUGAAAUGCACUUCACACCUGCGCACCUUAAGGGCGUCAAAGUCGCCGUGCUCGAUUCUCUCAACGAGCAUCCUGCGGUCCACCGUCUUGAAAACGGCGGAUUGAACGAGCUUGUUGGAGGGAUCUUGGACGGAAGUCUCAACAAAUACGCGGGGAAGGAUGUAGUUGACUUUGGUGGACUGAUGAUUGAGGAGAUGAGAGAUGUGGCUGGCUAUGUCCUUGGAGUCACAGAAGAGGAAGUGGAACGCAGCGAGAAGCGAGUGUGGGAUGGUGUACUUGACGAGUUUCGCGAAUGCGUCAAGUCCGGACGAUUGCCCGAAGCGGACGAGCUUAACCGCUCAACUACCUCCACCAUUCACAAGUCAUCCGGACAAGUAAACACCGAAGCCUACCCAGGCUACCACAACGGCAAAGACUGUCCGGGCGACUGCGACUGGGACCACGACGCCUUGGAUGACCUCGUGAGCCGGCUCGGCCCCAAACAUGAGUGGGGCGCCAUGAUGGAGGCGAUUGCGCGCACCCGCGUGGAUUGGGAAACGGCGGAUGUUGACAGCGAGGAUGAGAGGCAGGAUGAUGAGGAUUAUGCGAGGGCUGUGGAGCGGGCGAUUGGGAAGAAUGUGGAUGAGGCUGUGAGCAACAGUGACGAGAAGUAUAACGGGGCGGGUGGACAUGAUGAUGCUUUGGACGAACAGGCGAUGGAGCAGCAGGGUCUGGGUCUAGACGCGGAGACAUUGAUACCGAGCGAAUCGUCCCCUAGCCUUCCGGCAGGCAGCGUGUCAUCGUCAGACAGUAGUGUUGAGGACGAAACCGAGAACAACACUGCGUUCGGGGACGACGACGAGGGUUCAAUCACCCCGACCGCUACGUCCGCCGCCUAGAAUGCCUCAAGUACUGACAGUAUCUGGGAUGGGAUUGACGUCGUGAACUGGACAGACAAUCCGUUCCACUCGUGUUUGUCUUUCUGUAGUUGCUUGUUUGAGUAAUUCUGUACAGGAAAUGUUUGGGAGAUGUAUGAUUUUCAUAUAAAUAAUAAGAUUGCCGUUCUUCCC